AUGGAACCUCGGAUACAACUCAGUCCUCCGAGUAUCACUCCCCCCGGCAGUAGCAUGAUAUGCUACGCUGAUGACACGCUCAUACUGGCCGGGGGGAACGACUGGGGGGAUGCCUUGCGAGAGGCCAACAUCGCGGUGGCAUGUGCUGUACGUGCCAUCCGUAGUCUGGAUCUGGCAGUGGCUGAAAGGAAAACGGAAACGAUUUUCCUAUAUAAGAAGAAGAAGGGGAUGAAGCCACCCCAGGCCCAGAUACGGAUGGGGACUGUCAGGGUCCCGAUAGAGGCCCAGAUGAAAUAUCUGGGCCUCACUUUGGACGGCACCUUGUGCUUCAAGGAGCAUAUAAGCCGUCUGGUCCCCCGAUUGAGGGCGGUUUCGGCCAACUUGUGCAAGUUAAUGCCCAAUAUCAGGGGACCGGACAGAAAGGCUCGUCACCUCCACACUGGGAUACUUAAUUCAGUGGCGCUGUAUGGAGCGCCGGUAUGGCCUGAGGCUCUGGUCGCUAGCCGUCCACUGCAAGCGCUCUUGCGUAGAGCGCACAGGGCGGUGGCAGUCAGAGUCAUUAGAGGAUAUAGGACGGUAUCCCACGUGGCAGCGACGGUCUUGGCGGGCAUGCCUCCCUUGGAGCUCCUUGCCCUGAUGUACCGUAACAUAUACAUGAGGAGGGGGGAGCUCAUGAGAACAAGGGAUGCAAGUCAGACGCUCGCCGGGGUUAUACAGCGGAUGAAGCACCAGGCUCGACAGCUCCUCCUCUGGAGACGGCAAAGACCCCAGGAGAACACCAGAUACGGGAGGAGGACUGUCGAGGCCGUCCACCCUUGUCUGCAGGAGUGGGUGAACAGGGGAUUCGGGACCCUGACAUUCAAGAUGACACAUGUGCUCAUCGGACAUGGAUGUUUCGGUGAGUACCUGUGUCGAAUGGGCAAGGAAAGUACAGCGCAUUGCCACCAAUCCGAUGUUGAUCACGACUCCGCGCAAGACUUCCCGGCAUGGGCUGCCGAGCGCGGAGUCGUGAUCCGGGAAUUGGGACACGAUCUCUUCCUCCCCACGAUAGUGAACGCAAUCAUGGGGAGCGAGAGAAAGUGGGGUAUAUUCGCCUCCUUCUGUGAGGCAGUCAUCUUGCAGAAGGAAGCCGCGGAGGAGACACGCCGGUAG